AUGGCUACAACAAUUGGAACAGAAUCGGCAGGUCUUCCACCCAGCCGGUAUCUUUGUCUGACCAUCCUGGGCUAUCGAAAGCCCGGGAUGAGCGAAGAGGCAUAUCGUCGGCAUAUGGUCCAAGUCUCGGCACCCCUGACGAAAGAUCUCAUGGUUAAGUAUGGUGUCAAACGAUGGACAGUGAUUCACAAUCCCACGCAAACUCGUCUGAUGAUGAACUGGAUUUACGAUCGCCAAAUGUCGAAUAUUGCCGAGUAUGAUUGUUUCAGUCAGGUAGUGUUUGAGAGUGUUGAACACUACAGGAUGAUGAAGGAGGAUCCGUAUUAUAAAGAGCAUUUGUUUGGCGACCACGAGAACUUUGCAGAUACAAAGCGGAGCCAAAUGACCGUCGGCUGGAUCGAGGAAUGGAUUAAUGAUGGAGCUGUGCGUGACGGCUUGGAGUUUCCGAGUGAUUCCCAGGGAGUCUCAAGUCUCGUGUCUAAAUCUGUUUUAGUCAUGACUGUUGUUCUUGGGGCGUAUAUAUUCUUCACAAAAUAG